GGAGAGGAUCCUGAUUUGGGUUUCAGGCCAAUGGACGAGGACGUGAUCUCUCCUCCCGUGGAUACUACUAUGAACGUUGAAGGCACAGUCGGUAAUGAAGAUAUACUUAACAUGAGACUUGAUGAGGACAACGUGCCACAAAGUUUUCCAGGAGUAGAAGUUUUGGAUCCUAUGGAUGUUCAAGAUUGUGGUCCAAGUAAUCAGAGAAUGCGUGAAGAUGAUAACUUGUCACAAAAUGUUCCAGAAAUUGAAGUUCUGCGAGAGGCGGUCCCUGAUUUAAGUCCAAGAGAUGUUCCUAUGGUGCCUUCACUAGGUGGUGAUCACAUGUCUGAAUCACACCGUCUUGUAGAUGAGAAUAUAAGUGAGGAAAAUCUCUUACCAAUCAUGGAAGAUAAGAUGACUCUUCCAAGAACAUCAUUACCAUUUGAGCAAAGUGCAGGACUUCCAACUUCUGCUACUUCGCAAGAGGCACUUGAUAUGAUCGAUACACAUAUUUCAUUUAGUAAGUUCAGUUCUAAUUACUCCAUAUUUUGA